AUGCUGAACGAUUUGGACGACACCUGCGAGGCUCAAUUUCAGGACGAGGAAGAAGAGUUCUUUGAAUCCGAGACGAAAAUCAUGGCAGAAGAAAUUGUCACCGAGACGAUUAAUUUCGCGAUUGAGCUCCUUGCUGCCGAAAUUCGAGAGGCUGAGAUUGCUAGACGCCUCGAAGAAUGCCAAGCCGAAAUCUCGUCAGAAAAUCUUGUUCGUCCUUCAGAAGUGCGCAAAUCCCAGCGAUUCUCGAAAAACUCCAAAUCUCAAGCGAAAAAACCGCAGCCGGAAGCGUCGAAUUUAAUCAAUCAAACCGCGAGUGGAGAACAGCCAGAAUUAAAAGAAGAACCAGAACAGUCGAAAGAUGUGGUUUCAAAUACAGAUGCUGCUGAUUGUAAGAAGGAAGCGGUUUCGGAAUGGAAGAAAGGAGAAAAUGAAGAAAAAGAGGAGAAAACUGAAUCUGAAAUCGAAGCCCUAGAAUCAUUUGAACAAGCAUCAGCAGAAAGGACCACAACAAACAAUUCUUCUUCAGAAAUUCCCGAUUCCGCGGAGAAAAAAGAACAAUCCAAAACAGAAAUCAACACAAACAAGGACGAAAAAGUACAAGGUUCUCCAAAAUCCGAGGAACCAAAAACAACUGAAAUCAUCUCUUCCCCUGAAGCACCAAAAUCUAUUUUGCUUUUUCCGCUCCCGAGCCCUAGAAAAUCUUUGGACGGAGAAGUUGCACUUGUUACAGGCGCUGGAAGUGGCCUAGGAGCAGGAGUUUCAAAACAACUCGCUGCUAAGGGAGUGACAGUCAUUUGCUGGGAUGUCAAUGUCAAGGGAAACAUUGAAACCGUCAACGAAAUCAACAACUCUGGCGGAAAAGCCUUCGCCUUCAAAUGCGACGUCAGCAACCGAGAAGAGGUCUACGCCGUCGCAAAGGAAUCCGUCAAAGUCGCCGGAGAUGUGACGAUCUUGGUGAACAACGCAGGUGUUGUUGGAGGAAAGAGCUUGAUCGACUCGGACGACAGGAUGAUUUUGAAGACUUUUGAGGUCAACGCGAUUUCGCACUUUUGGACGACCAAGGCGUUCUUGCCCAAAAUGAUGGAGAAGAACAAGGGACAUAUUGUUUCUAUCGCCUCUGCCGCUGGAUAUUUCGCCGUUCCUGGUCUGACCGAUUACUGCGCCAGUAAAGCUGCUGCUGCUCAUUUUGCUGACACUCUUUCGAUGGAAAUGUUUCGGGACAACAAAGACAUCAAGGUCUCCUGGAUCUGCCCCUACGCCAUCAACACCGGUUUCUUCGACGGUUUCCAAGCAAAUCGACCGCUGGUUUCUGCGAUUCUAGAGCCGCAAUCUGUCAUUGACGACAUUGUCAAAGCGAUCGAAACUGACGCUGAUAAGGUUCUUCUUCCCGGACGGCUAACUGCACUUGAUUUUUGCCAAGCUAUUUUUCCGAGAAAAGCAUUUUUGCACCUCUGCAAGUGGGGCGGGAACUUUGAGUCGAUGAAUACUUUCCGCGGAAGACAGAAGACUCAAUAA